CUCUCUCUCUCCCCCUCUUUCCUUUUAGGGUUUUUACUCUCAAUUUUGGCGUGACAUUAUAGUUCUAGAGUUACCCGUUUACCAUUUCGUUCUCUCUUUUUUUCCCACUUUUUCUGGCUAUUAAUUGCGCCGUUUCUGUUAAAAAAUUGAAAUUUAUUUUUGACCUGUCGCGACAUUUGUUGGAUUUGAGAAAUUUGGGGUUGCUUUAGGGCGCAAUAAUGUCCGCUUCCGCGGCUGCAAUUCCGUCCCCUGCCGCGCAUACGAACCCUUCUUCUUUGAGCUUGGAUUCCAACUCUAGGCAAGAUGUGAAGAGGAGAACAGUAGCUGUUGUGAAGAAGCCAAAUGCUGAAGCGCUUUCCGAAGCCGGAGUUAAUGGGGUUGCCGAUAAGAGAGUGAUCGCCGGCGGGAAGGAUCUGAGCCACACAAUCCGCGGGGAGUCGGUUGUUGAGAGGCCGAAAGAUCUCUCGCAAGCAAAGAGAGAUUUGGCGGCUUCGGCAGUUGCGUUGAAGCAGAAGAAAAGCGCCCAUAGAUCGGAAAGACCCAAGUGGCAAAUUGUUUUCAAUGUGAUCAUGAAGGCGUCUCUUCUCCUUGCGGUUCUUUUGUGGAUGGGGCAACUGGUUUGGAGAUGGAAAAAUGGUAGUCUCCUCCCUUUUUCCGCUGUCGACACGGAGGGUAGAAUAUCGGAGGUGGAGGCGUCUUUGAAGAGAACGGCAAAGAUGCUGCAGGUUCAAUUGGAAGUGAUAGAUAAAAAGAUCGGAAAUGAGAUAUCUAAAGUGAAAACUGAUCUGACAAAGCAAGUUGCAGACAAAGGUGCUUUCUUGGAGGUAAAGUUGAAGAAGCUCGAGGGAAGAGCCGACACCUUGGACAAGUCGUUGGCUGAGUUGGGUGAGAUGGGGUUUUUUACGAAGAUGGAGUUCGAGCAAUUUAUCGACGAGUUGAAGAAGAGUAGAGGCCUAGGUGGUAGUGAUCAUGUUGUAACAUUAGAUGAUGCAAGGAAUUUUGCCAAGGAAAUAGUCGAGAAGGAGAUUGAGAAACACGCGGCCGAUGGGCUAGGAAGGGUGGAUUAUGCAUUGGCAUCUGGUGGGGCGAAGGUGGUUAGGCAUUCGGAGCCGUAUACUAGUGGGAAAGCUAGCAAUUGGCUGGUUGCAGGGAAAGGUCGGAGUGCCGUGCAUUCGAAUGCUCAUAAAAUGCUAGAGCCGAGUUUUGGAGAGCCUGGGCAGUGUUUUGCCUUACAAGGAAGCGCUGGUUUUGUCGAAAUCAAGCUACGAACAGGGAUAGUUCCCGAGGCAGUCACCCUAGAGCAUGUUUCGAAGAGCGUGGCAUACGAUAGGUCGAGCGCGCCGAAGGACUGCAGUGUCUCCGGAUGGUACGAGGGGCCCGACGAUGACCCAUCAGCCCGAUCGGAGAAGAUGCUCCUCCUGACAGAGUUCGCUUACGACCUCGAGAAGAGCAAUGCUCAGACCUUCAAUGUGGAGGGAGCCGAUCCAGCCAGGGUGAUCAACAUGGUCCGGCUUGACUUCACCUCCAACCACGGUAGUCAUCCUCUUACGUGCAUCUACCGCUUCCGGGUGCACGGCUAUGAGCCCACUUCAUUGGGAGCCGAUCCGAUGAUCAAGGCCUGAAUUUAAAUUGUUUUAACAUGUGUAUUAUUUUCUCUUAACUGGGUGUAAGAAUCUCUUUUUUCCUUAUUAUUCUGUGUUAUCUUCUUUUAGACUCACAUAGGAAAGCUGAUUUGAGGUUCCCUGACUCUUUGCUUUUUGCCUUCAUAGUCUUUUAGUGCUUAAGAUUAUUGUGCAGGCUUCUGACAAUGCUGUGUAGUGUAUUGGGACAUCUAAACUCGGUGUGUUUUUUUUUUUUUUCCCCUUAAGUAUCUGCUUCUGAUUUA